GUCGUGCGCGGCGCCCGUCCCGGAAGUGUGUCGUGCGGGCGGCUCCGCUCCCAGAUCGCCAUUCUUGCCCGGCCGAGCGGAGCAGAGAGGCGCACAGACCGUCCGGUAAACGCCGUGCUAUAAAGAAGAUGGCGGAGCAGGAGCCGACCCCCGAGCAGCUGGCUGCGAUCGCAGCGGAGAACGAGGAGGGCGAGGGCGGGGUGAACUACCGCCCGCCGGCGCAGAAGAGCCUGCAGGAGAUCCAGGAGCUGGACAAGGACGAUGAGAGCCUGCGCAAGUACAAGGAGGCGCUGCUGGGGUCCGCGCCCGUCCCUCUGGACCCCAACGCCCCCAACGUGCAGGUGACGCGGCUGACCCUGGUGUGCGACUCGGCCCCGCAGCCCCUGACCCUUGACCUGACAGGAGAUCUAGAGGGCUUUAAGAAGCAGUCUUUUGUGCUGAAGGAGGGAGUGGAGUAUAGGAUAAAGAUCAGCUUCAAGGUGAACAAGGAGAUUGUCUCAGGACUCAAGUAUGUCCAGCAGACCUACAGGAAAGGAGUAAAGAUCGACAAGUCGGACUACAUGGUGGGCAGCUAUGGGCCGCGGCCGGACGAGUACGAGUUCCUGACGCCGCUGGAGGAGGCGCCCAAGGGCAUGCUGGCGCGCGGCACCUACAACAUCAAAUCGCGCUUCACCGACGAUGACAAGCACGACCACCUGUCCUGGGAGUGGAACCUCAACAUCAAGAAGGAUUGGAAGGACUGAGGCACGCAAACACACCCCCCACCCCUCCCCUCCUCCCCUCUUCCUCGUCCCCUGUCUGCCCCCCCAGUCCUCCGCGCUGCACACCUCCAGCAGCACGAGGCUCCCUUUCCCCGACCUCUGACCUCUGACCUCUCCCCUCUGCUGGUUUUUAGCAGCACGGAGACCAGGGCUCGAUCCGUCCGGCCACCCCUCCCUCCCCCCGCCCCUCGUCCCGAGAAGCUGCUGUACCCCCCCUCGCCCCGCUGUGCCGUGCGGACGGGCGGCCCAGCCCCUCUCCCCGUCUCCCCCAGAAGCUGUAGCCGAGAACCAACUCGGCGGAGAUUUCUUGAGAGAGAUAUAUAUGAAACAAAAAAAGUGUACAAUCCAAAUUUGUUUUUUGGUUUGUUUAUAUAUAAAAAAAUGGGAAAAAAAGAAAAAAUAUUUUGGCAUGGCUGUUAUUGGUAUUGUUUCUGAUCCCUCUCUCUCCUUUUCUGUAUAAACUCAUCCCUCCAUUCUCUGUCCUCUUCCCUGCUCCCUCCAUCUCUUCCUUCGCCUCCUAAUUGCUACUGUUUUGACCGAGAUCUGCCUUGUGUUCAGUGGGGGAGAUCUGCCCUGUGAAGUGUUCAGUGGUG